UGAAUGAAUGAAUGAAGUGAUGGACGAACUGAUAAGUAAUGGACAUAUCAUCUUCCUUAAAACUCAGAUAUUAACUUAUUGAUACUUUAAGUAUUAACUUUCAUUGUUGAUAUUAUUUCUCCCUAAAGGGCAGGACUUUGUAACUCACUUUGACUUCUAGCUAAUUAGCAGGUCGUUAUCUGGGGGAAAUUGUGUCAGCUGGAAUGGAAACAGGUUUCUAUGGUAGAUCCCGAGCCAUUACUAGCAGCUCCACAGAGAGACAUGUUGUGUUUUGGUUUAUCUACAGCUAGAUGACACAUGGAUUUCUAUAUUCCCGCUCAAGUCUCUGACUCCCAUCCCACAGGAUGUAGUUUGGUGUUUUUCGAUUUGGAGACUACAGGACUUGGGCGCGGGUGUGACAUCAUCCAGCUGUCGGCGGUGAGCGGAGGGCACAGUUGUAACUUGUACAUGCUGCCUCGCUGCCGAAUACAGAGUGGGGCGGCCGCAGUCACCGGCUUCAGCGUGCGGAGGCGUCACCUGUACCUGCACGGCCACGCCCUGCCCACCGUGCCCCUCCCGCAGGCCCUCGCUGCCUUCCUGGCCUUCCUGCGCAUGCUGGGGCGCCCCCUGCUGCUCGGACACAACAUCCGCAGGUUCGACUGCCCCGUGCUGGCCCGAGCCCUGGAUGAGUGGCAGCUGCGAGCAGCCUUCCAGGAGGUCAGCUCUGGCUUCCUGGACACCCUUCCCCUGGCCAGAGACCUCCUGAGGGACAGGGGCCAGCAGAGCUACAAGCAGGAGAGUCUGGUGAAGACCGUUCUGGGCGUGUCUUACCCGGCACACGACGCUAUGGAGGACGUGAGAGCCCUGCAGGAGCUGUACUACGCCCUGCAGCCCACAGCAGCACAGGCCCUCAAGCACACCUUCACUCUGGCCAGCAUGGUCGCCCCAGCCAAGUAAAUCUCUCUACAAUUUGUUCUGACAACCAGCUUCAAAAAUCAAACAUAUCCAUGAAGCUAAUAUAGCCUGCACACAAAAGAAUAUAUAGAGUCUGAGGUGACUAUUUUUCUUGUUAUUUAUGUGUUGUAUUUUUAAAUAUUAUUAAAGAGUCUUUGAAUUA